GCCGUCUCUCACAGAAGCCAAACAACAGCCGGAAAGUAAACAAACGCUAACCCGAAGUCCAAGUAAACACCAACUUAACGUCGCUGUCCACGUUGUUAAUUAAUUCUCUAUCCGGCGCUCCAUCGCCAUCGUAUCGGGAUGAAUACCGGCGACCUUCUCACCAUCGAGCCUCAGGAGCUCCAAUUUCCAUUUGAGUUGAGGAAGCAGAUCUCUUGUUCCCUUGAGCUGUUAAAUAAGAGCGACAAUUAUGUGGCUUUCAAGGUUAAGACGACGAAUCCAAAAAAGUACUAUGUUAGGCCUAAUACUGGAGUUGUGUCGCCAAGGUCCACAUGGGAUGUUACAGUUACAAUGCAAGCACAAAAGGAGGCGCCUCCUGAUAUGCAAUGCAAGGACAAGUUUUUACUUCAGAGUGUAGUUGCAAGUCCUGGAGCUACAGCAAAGGAUGUCAAUGCAGAAAUGUUUAAUAAGGAGGCAGGGCAUCAUGUUGAAGAGUGCAAAUUGAGGGUUGUUUAUGUUGCUCCUACUAGAACACCAUCAUCAGUUCGAGAAGGACCCGAGGAAGGUUCUUCUCCCAGAGCUUCUGUGUCUGACAAUGGGAGUCUGAGUGCCUCUGAACGUGCUGUUGUUUCAAUACCUUAUGUUGAGAGACAUAAGCCUCAAGAUAACACAAUUGAGGAAAUGGCUCUUAUUUCCAAGUUGACUGCAGAGAGAAAUUCUGCUAUUCAGCAAAACAACAGGCUUCAACAAGAACUGGAGCUUUUGAGGCAUCAAUCCAGCAGAAGUCGUGGUGGUAUCCCAUAUAUGUAUGUUCUUCUUAUUGGUUUGAUUGGCAUCAUUUUGGGAUACCUCGUGAAAAGGACAUGACCAGUCACAUUGCCUGUCAAUAAUUCUAUUUGAUAUCCUUGCUGAAAAAUUUGGAAUGUGGAAUGAUGAAGACGUGUGACUGAUCAGUGGAGCACUUUUCUUUAUUGGUCUGUAAUGAUCCCUAGAGAAACAUGUCAAAUGUAGUGACUGGUAAGAUGAAAUUAUUGUAUUACUGUUACCAGCUGUUGAUGGUAAGAAGCUCGGAGGAUUUAGUAGCUUCUGUAGUUGUAGGUCCAAGCAAUUGUGUGACCAACUUCUUGAUAGACACUCCUCGCUCAACCAAGCAAUUGUGUGACCAACUUCUUGAUAAA